AUGAGCCGCAGCGCGUUGCCAGUCUCCCACACAGAAGAAGCGGAGGAGCGCGCAUACUCUCACUCGCUCACGCACACGCACACGCACACACGCACUGGCCCUGGCGCUCCGUGGUCUGUCUGUGGACUCAGCAGGACGCGCAGCACCAUCUCCCGCAGCGGACAGAGACGGGAUUCUCCAGCGUGCGUCGCGAUGUAUUUCGGUAGUCUGUGCCACAGCGCUCUGCCCCAGCUGCUACGUCCCAGGGCGGGCAGGAGCCAGGCCCAGGACGCCCUCAGGCCUCUCCUCCCCUUCCACCUGCUGCCAGCCUUCUCCGACAUGGAGCCGGUGCACAAAGCCCUGCUCGGCCCCAGCUCAGCUCUGAAGAGGCGGCACGGAUCCUGCGGAGUGUGUCGGCUGAAGUUCAACUUGGAGGCCCCGGCGUCUUCUCAUUACAGUGGCACCAGACACGCAAAGCGGAUAAAAGCGUUGGAUACCCCCGACUCUUCGAUCGGGAAAUCUGAACCCGUCGCCAAGGAAACCGCAUCCCGAACCCAAGCGCCGUCACCCUCCGGCUUCGACGCAGCAUCCGGAGAGCCCACAUCCCCAGCUCCCUCGUCGGAUGCAGCCUCCUCAGACAUCACCACCGCUGACCACACACCUUGCCCCGAAGCAAAGGACCAGGAAGAAGAAGAGGAGGAGAAAGCCAAGCGUCUCCUUUACUGCUCGCUCUGUAAAGUGGCCGUCAACUCUGCCUCUCAGCUCCAGGCCCACAACAGCGGCACAAAGCACAAGACCAUGCUGGAGGCCAGGAGUGGGGAGGGAGUCAUCAAGUCCUUCCCCAGGUCGGGAGUGAAGGCAAAGCUGGCAGCUUCCUCCACAGACGCUCCGACCGGGCUGCAGAACAAAACUUUCCACUGUGAGAUCUGCGAUGUGCACGUCAACUCGGAAACUCAGCUCAAACAGCACAUCAGCAGCAGGAGGCAUAAGGACAGGGCCGCGGGGAAACCUGGAAAACCCAAGUUCAGCCCGUAUCCUCCCGGCCACAGGAACCAGCACAACUUUCAGACGAUUCAAAUGGCGCUGAGGAAGAGCCAGGAUCUGACCAAACCCCUGACGUCCUGUCUCCUCCAGCAGCAGAUCUCGGUCGCGGCUGCCAUGGCGACCACAAUGCACCCGUUCCCUCUGCGUCCCACCACAAACUCUGCCCCCGCGCUGUUCCAGAGUCCGGGUCUCCCCCACCAGGCCCUGCUGACCCCCGGCUCCAUGUGCUCCACAUCCGGGCCGGUCCUAUUCACCCCGUUCUGA